UGAAAAGUCUAUAUCUAUAAAUACUUAGGUUUUGUCCAGAUCCUUAGGUAUCAGUUAUUUUUCUCUGUUAACGUACGAGUAAUCUAGUCAGAAAUCAUUACGUUUUAUCCCUAAGCCCUUUGAUGUGUGCCACCAUCAGCCUGUCCUCAGUGCAGUGAUGUCCUAAGGGUCAUCCUUGAAUCACUCUGAGAUUACAAGGUCCACGGCCACACCAUGCCCCUAUGGGACUAGCCCUGUCUGGAGCACUGCACUGAAAUGAGACGUCUGGACCUCGUUGAGCCAAGCACAGUGCUGAGAGGCAGUCUCCCUGUCUGUGAGCAUCCCUGCUGGAUCCCACUCUUUGAAGCAGAGAAUGAGCUCAUUGAAUGAACAUCUUAAAUGCCUAGAGAGAUAUGGGAAAGCAGAACCACCGAAAGGAGUGAUGACCGGCGAUCUCCUGCCAAAUCUGGAUGUUAGUUCUCAUGCCCCAGGACAUCCAGUUGGGAACUCCACACCAGCUUCUGCAAUCAGACUUUCAUCCACUUAAUAGCCUUCUUUGUCUGAACUACUAGAACCAGUCCUAGCUAACCACGAAUGGCUACCCAAAGGAAGCACUUGGUGAAAGAUUUCAAUCCUUACAUCACCUGCUACAUCUGCAAAGGGUAUCUGAUCAAGCCAACUACAGUGACGGAAUGCCUCCAUACCUUCUGUAAGACUUGUAUUGUCCAGCACUUUGAAGAUAGCAAUGAUUGUCCAAGGUGUGGCAACCAGGUUCAUGAGACAAACCCAUUAGAAAUGUUGAGGUUGGAUAACACAUUAGAGGAAAUUAUAUUUAAGCUGGUCCCUGGACUACGAGAACAAGAACUUGAGCGUGAAUCUGAAUUUUGGAAGAAAAACAAGCCUCAAGAAAAUGGACAAGAUGAUACUUCAAAAGUUGACAAACCUAAAGUAGAUGAAGAAGGUGAUGAAAAUCAAGAUGAUAAAGACUAUCACAGAAGUGACCCACAAAUUGCUAUAUGUCUAGAUUGUUUACGAAAUAAUGGACAAUCAGGGGACAAUGUAGUAAAGGGUUUAAUGAAGAAAUUCAUUCGAUGUUCUACACGUGUAACUGUGGGAACUAUUAAAAAAUUUCUAAGUUUAAAACUAAAACUUCCAAGUUCUUACGAGUUGGAUGUGCUGUGCAAUGGUGAAAUUAUGGGGAAGGAUCACACUAUGGAAUUCAUCUACAUGACAAGAUGGAGACUAAGAGGCGAAAACUUUCGGUGUCUGAACUGCUCAUCUUCGCAAGUCUGCCCUCAGGAUGGCCCUUUGUAUCAGUCAUACCCCAUGGUAUUGCAGUAUCGACCAAGAAUUGAUUUCGGUUAGACCAAGGGGCGCAGAUCCCAUCGAAUGAAUCCUGCACUAUGUUUUACUCAUCGACAGAUUGACAGUGAACUAUGUGGACUAGAGGGACACAACCAGAUUCUCAGCAUGCGAAUAAGGCCGUUGUCUGUCUCUAAAUUAUCAGUUGCAUUUAUGUUGUUUCUAUUAGGAGCAAACCAAGUGCCAUUCUGCUACUGACCCAUCUGCAUACGGCAUUUGUGCUGUCUCCCAGUGUACAAUACAAGUCAAGGUCGAAAUCAGCUAGGUGCGCAGCCGUGAUUCGGCCUUCUGAAUAUUUUGCUUGCCUGUUCCAGGAUUGUUCUAAUGUUUGAUUAUUACACUAGUAAAAUGGCUCAAUCUUCGUGGUGUUGCAGUUUUCACAUACUUACUAUUUGAUUAAUUUUUUAAGUAGAGUACUGUACAAGAAACUAAUAAUUAUUAUAUCUUGAAAUUAUUUUGUAUGGGAAAUAUAUUUAGAAAAGUGGUUUUGGAGCCACUGUCCUGUUCUCAGUAAGCUUUUUGUGUGCAAAAUAGUUCACCCUUCAGUGUACACAAGUCCUUUGGGAAGAAUUCCAAUUAUUCUUUAACAUUAGAGCACAGUAUACAGUAUAAUUGUAAGCAUUUUAAGUCAUCUGUCUCUGUAGUCGACCAAUUGCACAAGGAGGGACCUGUUCACCCACCAGAUUGAAAAUGUGCAUGACUUCUUGGAGAACUGAAGUGAGAUUCACAACCAUUCGAAAUGUUGGCAGCUGAUCACAUUUACUUCUAACAAAAUUAAUGUGUAAGUGAGGUCAGUUUUUCAUGAUGCCUUACAACGAGCAGGUGCCGCUUCAUGAAAUGUCACCGUCAUGUGUGUAGCCCCUCUGUGUGCACCAUUGUACUGUGGCUCUUAUCUAACAAGUACAUGGCUUCUCUUUUCAGUUGGCCUUAGGUGUGUGUCACUGUGGCAUGCAGAAGGUUAUGAUGAUUUUAAAUAUUAGGAUUUUUAGAGCAGAUAACUAGCUAUUUUAUGGAUUUCAAAAAUCUCAAAGCAAUUAUAGAUGAAACCUGUUAGUUACCUGUCACAUUUCCAAACCACAUGCAUAAACUAGAACAAAUGCAGUGUAGUAGACCAAUUAUACUAACCACAAUGAAUGGUUUGAGGAUAUUUCAUUUCAGAUCCUGUAGUAAUCGGGGAAAUGGGUUUACUGUUUUAUACGUAAGUUCUUUAAGGUCAGAACUAUGAUAAUGUCCUUGAUCUAGCAGUUUUGUUAAGUCUUCCAUUCAUUUUGAGGUAAGUCUGCAAGUCAAAAAGUCUUGUUACCCUAAAUUAUAUGAAGAACUUCACUUUAAACCUUUUAAAAUUUGCAGUUGUUUUCAUAAAUUAAGUUUUAUUAAUUGCUUUAAAACAAAGUUAAUGGAUUCUGAUAUUCUUGGAAGUUGGGAAAAAAAUGUUUUAGAAAUCUGACAUGAGCACAAUCUGUGUGUUAUACACAUAGCUUUUAUACUGUAUACAUAGUAAAUGUGCUACAUUUUCUAGUAAAAUGUAUCACAAAUUAAUGCUUUCUGAUCUCAAAAUGCUUCUUAAUAAAACAUUGUACAACUCUAAGAAACAUACAAAAUACAGCUAAAUCUUGAUGCAUUUCACAAUAUAAAAGGCUGAAACUUCAUAAUUAUCUUUUCCAUAUAUCUUGGUUUCAAGUCAAAAAGUCUAAAGUUUUCUGUUUUGGGUCUGACUUUUGUGAAAAAGGUUAUGACAGUACUUUUAAAAUUUCAUUUUGUUAGAUUGUGUUUGCGCUUGGAAGGGCUCACAAAUGGAAUUUGAAAGGCAGAUUUUCAUUAACUCUUUCAAAAUGGUUGAAACAAACCAUUACACUAAACCAAAAGCUGAAUUUGCUCACUAGCUACCGAAAUUAUUCUGCUGUGCUGUGAAAUCCAGUUCCCUGACUUCCUUAAGCAAUUUUUAAAUUUCUUAUAAAUUUGUCACAUCUAGGUUGGUGAUUACAUAUGAAAGUUAAUUAACUAAAAAUGAAUGGAGAGCGCAUUUAAAAAAAAAACGCAAACGAGACCUAGAUGUUUUGGGGUCCCCAGCCAAAACUUACAGCCUUACGUGAGUUUUAUAUACAAUCUCUUUAAAUUUGACCUGUUGCCUCAUCCUAUGUAAUGUCACUAUUUUCCAAGGAAAUAUAUAGGAAGCAAUUAUGGAAUUGAGAAUAGUUUUAUAUAAAACUCCUUAAUUUAAUGUUAACGUAUUAACAUUUUUACUGAAAUGCAAUGGAAUAUGUGCCAAAACAUGUGAAAGCCUUGCAUAACAAGGGGCAUCAGUUGCCAUGUGGGGAAAGGUACACAUUUUAUGAUGGUCCUGAGUAAUGUGGUAAUAGUAGAACCACAGACUUCUCCCAACUUCUUUUGGUAUAUUCAACUAUAAUUUUCUAAGUAUGGGACUACUUUCAUGUCUAGUAAUUCUCUAAUCCCUAGUUAAUUAUCCCCUAAGUCAGGUUGUGGAAUUUGCAAGAAACCAGGUAUAGAAAAAAUACACAGGCAAAAAUAUACAGGUGGUUAGUUUCACAAACUUAGGGUGCUAAUAAAAUAAACUCUUUAUACAAAUAACCUAUAGGAAUAAUCAUCUUGGAGAAUAAAACUAAAUUAAGUUUUUCUUUAAUCUCAUUUCUUAAGCAACAAACUGAUAAGAAAUUUGUUUCCAUAAAAGAUUUUGUAAGUAAUCUGUUUUCUCUGCUUUGGAUAUAAAAGAUGUACAAGGAUCAAGGAACCUCAAAUCUACAGAAGGUCUGUAGUUUAUAGACAUCACUUUAACUGAAGUAAUCACAUUAGUUAAUAGAAAAAUCCAAAUAUGGCCCUUUCUCUAGAUUAAUGAAAUACUUUCAAGAAGUAUGAAAAAAUAAACUAAAAGAUUCAUUGAUGAGGUACUAUUAGGUUAUUCACUCUGGGGUCCAGGUACCUUGGGUAAAUGUCUUUUAACUACUUUUAGAAGACUAUAUUAUUUCUUUAUUCAUUGAAAACUUGUCCCAUACUAAUAUGCCACAUUUUAUAAAUGUAAUAAGUUUGCUCAACUAUAUUAUUCACUUAAGUGUAAGCUAAAUUAAAAUGAUUCUUUAAGGGGGAAAAAAGUGUUAUAUAAUAUUGUGAACUGUUUAGCUUUAUUGAACUAUUUAAGAGAAAGUGCCUCAUUGCUAAAGUGCAUUUCUGUUUUAGAUUUACUGCAUAAAUUUUGAGUUCUGUCCCUGUCUCUUAUCAAUGGCUUUGUAUCUAAAUAGGCUGUUGUAAGUUAGAGUAAUCUCUUUUUGAAAGAUUUUCAUAGGAAAAUAGAUAUCACCAAAGACAUUUUACUGUUAAUAACCAUGUUAGACAGUUUUAAAUGUUUGGAGGUUGGAAAUUUUUAGAUUGCAAUUUACUUUUAUAUAAUUAGGCAAUAACCUUGAGUAAUUGCUAAAAUAUCACCAAAGAAAGGCUUUAAACUGAAUUUUCGUGGUAAGAUCAAUCAAAUGCAGAUUUUUCUUGCAGCAAUCAGAGCACACUUCCUUUCAGUUACGUUCCUUGUUUUUCCAGCACCAUCUGACAGAUCUUAGGAAAUCCUCAAAGGUGAGAAAGAGAUUAACACAACAGAUAGUCUCCCUCUGGAUGAAAAGUGGGAGAAAUCCCUACUCUGAAAGUGAAAUUGAGAUUUAGUUCCCAAGUUCUUAGUGACAUGAGAAACUUUACACAAGACAGGCUUUAGUGAGAGUGCUGACAUGCUUACUUGUGUAGAAAAUAGUACAUGCUGUUGGGCUUGCGUAAAAGUAAACAGCUCGUUCUGUAUUCAAAGGCAAAAUUUUCCUAAAGGCCUGUGGUUUUGGUUUUGGUUUUUUUUUCCAAGUAACUCUUUGUCUUGUUUCUCAGCAAUUAGUUUAUUGUUGUUAGAAUCUAGCCAUACAGCCGAAUUUGGCAAGACGGGUCCCAGAUGAAAAGCAUAAACGUCAAGUUAAGCGCUCUCCUCACACGGUUCUUUUGGGGGAGCUCGUGCUGUGGGCCACCUCCAGUGAAGCUCACACGAUAAAUAUACGUCUUUUCUGAGAGGCCACUAGGUAAACCUCCUUGGAUAGGAAAAAAAUGGAUGCGCUCCAUGACAUACUCUGGUUUAUCAUGAGGAAUUUCCCAGCAGGCUGUGCUUUAUACCAGUGAGAUAUUGGUUGUAGGAAUUGCAAAAAUGAGUGUUUGCCAUAUCUAAGUUUCUGGGUUAGAAACACAAAAGCAUGAAAUGCUAUUAUUUUAAGAUAUAUAUAUCCUUACAAUAAGGAACAUAACAUGUCUGUCAGAUCUGGUUUAUGAAAAAUUGAAAAAUAUUAAAUGUACUAGAGACUCAAACCCUUUGAAAGCACAAAGUAACCAAUCAAUUCUGAAUUUACUUGAUACAGGUCAGUAGUAUUUUGCUGAAAAAAACUUCAGGCUGAAAGUUCAUUAAAAUGUACUUAAAUAUACAUUACAGGGUUUUCCUAGUUUUUCCUUAAAGCAAUGUCAUUUUCCCAACAAUUUGAAAGUGAUUCUCUUCCUAGUGUGAGGUGGUUUUCAUGAGCAGUGUGUUUAUUUGCUGUCCUUAUUAUAUUUUUGAAUAGAAUUAAAAUGCUUGAGCACUUCCUUUUCAGAAAGUUAUAAAAUUAAACAAAAAUAAAUUAUUUAAGUGUUCAUUAAAAUGUACCUAUACUUGUUAUGCCCCUUUUUCUAGGAUUCAGAACUUGAGACACUGUUCAGAAAUGAUUUUUAAGUAUUUUAAAAAUCUUGAACCUAGAAAUCUAAAUCUAGAGUCAAGUGAACCAUUAAAAAUACUGGGUCCAGUGUUCUUCCAUCUUUCAGAGCUUCAUGGCAUACGAAACUGACCCAGUAUGAAUUGAAGAUUAAAUAUUUCUGGGCGAUGUAGAGAUAGUAAACAGGAUAUUUAUGCAUGGACUUCCCAUCAGUCCAUGCAGCAGGAGUUCUACACAUUAGAAAUUGAAUGGGCUCAGCCGAACAUUGUGUGGGGUCAGUUUCUUUUGCUGUAUUUUUUUGAAUGGGGAGGGGGUCCCAAGUGUCCUUAUGAAGCUGUGGUCAGCGCCGAGAGCUUGUGGGGGGGGCACCAGUGUCCUGCUGCGUUCCUUCAUCUGGCAGCACAACGAGCACCGUCUUCAGCGGAGUAGCCCUCACUUUAAAUAAAACCAUCAUAGGCUAUAUUGUACAGUUAUGUUGCAGAUUUUCCUUUGAAAUAUAAAAUAUUUUAAGCUUUUUGUUGUUGUCGUCGUGGUUGUUAAAAGUGGUAACAUCUUAAUACAAAUAAAAACCUUUUUGUGGUUGUAAGAUUUAGCUUAUAAAUCAUUCAAAUUGAAGUGAAAGAUUACCAGGUCAUUGUUAAUGACUUAGUCUAUUAAGAAUAUAUGUAUUUUUGUAAAGGAAAAGCACUUGUAGAUAUUUAAUCAGUACUAUAUGUCUGUUUUGCAGAAAUAAAAUGCUGCUUAGAGAUCCUCUUUAAAUAUUUUUUAUUUUUGUGCUCAAAUGUAUUUUCUGUUGAUCUAGGGAAUGUUCUGUACAAAGCUGUGUGGUUGUGCUGUUGGGCUAGAUACUUUUGUUUUUUAAAAUCUGGACUUAGCCAAGUAUAUUUGACCAUGUUAAAAAUAGUAUCUUUGUUAUUAAAAAGUCGAUUGCAUAA